GCCAUUCAAGGUCGUUGAAACGAAACGGCGGGCCGAUUUGAAGGGGUUUGUCCUGUCUUCCAGUGCCUAAGAUGGGGAAAGUAAUGUCGAUGGCGCGUCGGUUUAUAAUAAAUUAUAACGUAGAAGAAAGAGCUAUAAAAUAUCUGGAGGUGAACAAAAAUGUUUUCAAGGCUCCUCCUAAGCAUCCGGGAACCGUUUCAAUAGUGGACGAACGAUAUGAGAAACUAUCAGCGCAUAAUCCGGAAUUGGAUAAAAAUGUUAACUCUUUAGGGAUAGUAGCAAAGUCUUUAAAUAAAGGAAUAUUACCCGAAGGUAUGGAAUACGUUAGUAAAACAACGCGCAAGCUCCCACAGAAGUAUGCUGGCAUCUAUCCUUAUCCUCCACCCAGUGAAGACUUUGGUUUCGUUGUUCCAGAGUCGGUUCCAGAAGGAAGACUAACAAUGCGUCAAGCCGUCAAACUUAUAGCGACUCAUCAGAAAAGCGCUGCAGAUAUUGAUAGUUUAAGUGAAUUGUUUAGCCUUGACAAAGAGAAAACUAAACAAAUCCUUGACUACUUUUCGUUGUUUGAAGUCCCCGAUAAAGGUAUUUGGACUCCUCCUUCAAUGCAACAGUCCGAACUGAAGUUGUUAGAUGAGGCUGUAUCUUACGAGCAAAAUGACCUGGAGGAUUUGGGAGGAAAUGAAUAUAUUCAGCGAAAGACGGUGUUAAGGCAGUUGAAUAGAAAAUAAAUGAACCGCUUUUGUUCCCUAUAAAUAAAUAGUGAAUACAUGCUUGCGUGCUGACUUUCACUCCUAUGUAUGAUUAUAAGCCUUUUGUUUCUUCAUAGGAAUGCGUGCACUGAAAUCUUAUUAUCGUAUUUACCGGCUUUGUGGUGUACCUUGUUUCCCUACACCUAUUUCUCGUUCGUGUGCUGUCAGAUCGUCAUGGUUGCCCGAAGAUCUUACAGAACAUUUUGAUGCUUUUAAGAAAAAUAUGAUAUCCGAGUAUGAAAACGUCACUAAACUCAUGACAUCUGGGGCAAAAGAAUGUGACCUUAUUCCUUUAUCUGAAUGUUGGAAGAAUUUAAGACCAAUAGUAGAUGUGAUUGAAGAACUGGAUAUAUUACUUGAAGCUGAUAAAGAAGUAGACCAAUUAGUGACAGAUAUUGUCGGUACUGACACUGAGGAUGAUGUUGAUGAUUUAAAAGCGAUUGCUGAGUUGGAACGUAAACAAAGAAAUGUUCAGCGUGAAGCGUUGGAAAAAAAGCUCCUUAGUUUGCUACUUCCAACUGAUGAACGUGAUCUUAAUUCAGCUGUAAUAAUGGAACUAUUCGCUGGGGCUGGCGGUAAAGAAGCUGGUUUAUUUGCUCAUGAUUUAAUGAAUAUGUAUCAUGCUUUCGCCAUACAACGAAAUUGGUCCUUUACUGUUUUACACAAAACUGUAAUGUCGAGUGAAGAAUGUGCUCCAUCCCAUAAUGAAACUUCACUUUCGUAUGUUCGUAUUGAAAUUGAAGGUGAACCAACUACAGAAUCCGGUAUAAUGUCAUUUGGUGCUUAUGGUCAGUUAAAAUGGGAGGCUGGCGUUCACCGUGUUCAACGUGUUCCUGUUACUAGUAGUCAGAAUAAGAUUCAUACUAGUACAGUAGCAGUAUCGAUACAACCUAAGUAUGGCGAUGUUGAUAUCGAUAUUCCUGAUAAUGAUUUAAAAUGGGAAUUCCAUCGCCCAACCGGUCCUGGCGGUCAGAAUGUGAACAAGUCGACUAGUGCAGUUCGCCUGACACAUUUGCCAACCGGUAUAGUCAUUUCAUGUCAACGUGAACGUUAUCAACAUAUAAACAAAGGUUUGGCAUUAGACAUGCUCAAGGAAAGGUUAGUUUGUUUAAUAAAAUCGCAUCUCAUAGUUUACAUCAUGGAUUGAUUUUGAUGAGACAACCAUUAAAAAAAGGAAGCACUGGACAACUAUUUCGUCCUAGUAUGGGGCUUUUUAGUAGAACACAUGUACAACCGUACUUAAAUUCGAACCUCGAGCCUUCAGGUCUUGCAGCGAACGCUCAAUCUUUAGACCACUGAGCCAACAUCUAAUGGUUUACAUAUCUAACUCCGAUAAAUUCGCGAUAAUACGGUCUCAAACCUGAUACAAUGGAAUUUCUUAAUGGGACGAAAUAGCUAUCCAGUGCUUCUUGUCUUCCAUUCGUUGUGUAAAUAUAAUCAAUUUGUAACAUCAAGUAUGAAAUGACUUCUUUUUUAUUUAAUAUAGAUAAAGAAAUAAGAAAUCAUCUGUGAUAUAUAUAUUUCUCAUUUCAUUGUGAUUAAUAGCUCAACUUCUUAAGUCAUCUCACACUGCAAUUUUCUUUUUUCAUGGUUAAACAUCUUUUAUCGAGUUCAAUCUUUUGACAAUCAGCUGAAAUUUCAUCUGCUUUUAUAAAAAAAAACAGCUGGUGAAGAUGUUUAUUUGUUGCUGAGUCCGAUAGUGAUUAUAAUAGUAUAACAUCAUAAAAGUUAUGAUUAUUACAUCCAGCACUAAUUAUAGAUAGUCUUAAUAUUACCUCUCAGUUACUGUGCCUGAAAAGCGUCUUUGUUGCUUGUGUUACACUCGUUUGGUUUUGAUGUUUUGAACAACACACUUUCCAAUUUAUGCAGAUCCAACUGUUCUCAGUCGACACUAUUAAUUCAGUCUUUCGGAUUCCACUUCACAUGAGCUUUCAGUUACCAUAACCAUCUCUUUUUAUGUUUAUAUCUAGUAUCUGUAUUGAUUUAAUCUUACUGAUCAAUUUGAACGACCCUGAACUACACGUAUAAGUUAUUCAAUCGAAUGUUCCUAUUCACAAUAGACAGUUCAAUACUAUAUCCAGACCCUAAUAAUUCAAAUAGGAUAGCUUUAAUAAAGUUUCUUGUUUACUAAUGAAUAAGCAUAUUUCCCUCAGUUAUAGGGGGAGAAACAAUUUUGAGAAAAUGUUUCAUCUUAACCUAAGCUAAAUAAUUAUUGUUUAUUAUAAUAUACUAGGGUUAUCUCACUGACAUUCAGGGAUUGAUUAUAGGCCUCUGUAUAAUGCCAUUUAUUCUGUUUCUACUACAACUUAUAUAACAUGUUUAAAUAGUUCUUAACAGAUAUAUAUAGUAUAUGUACCAUUCACCGCAGUUCACUUACCUGAUUUUCUACACCCAGUUGUAGAAUUAUUUGUUUCGUCACCUCAAUUCCAUUUCAGGAUGUUUUGAACGAAAUGGUUAUUAGAACCCCUUAUUAUUAGACCUCAUACAAUACAUUUAUAUCAACAUGUAAAUCGGUACUCGAUUACACAGUUCAGUGAAUAUUAUUAUUACUAACAUUGUACUACUUACCUCGUGAUGGUCGUGGACUUUAUUGUUUUACCCAGUUAAUGUUAAUCUAUGAUAAAAUCAGUUGUUAAGAAGGGCAGUUGCGUUACUACAAAUGUAGUGGUGAUAUAUUUCAAAUUACUUAAUUGGUUUUGACUAAAUCGUGCAUAGAUAGUGUGACUGAAUUUCUCCAAAUUGAUAUGACGUUUUAUUUUAUAGAGUAUCAGUUGGCGUCAUAUGUCCAAGUUUCAAAGUGUUUAGAGUUCAAAUUUUCAUUAUAAUUGCUUCUAUUCUCAACAAACCACUAUGAAUAGUAUUUCAUUGACUAAUAAUGAUGUGUUUGCUGUCUUAUUUGUAAAAAGUUGAUUUAUCAUUCAGUCGGAUGUUUAUCGUAGAAUAUAAUGCUGCAUAAAUAUUAAUCCAUACCAGUAACUUAGCGAUUGCAACACUCAGUUUCCAACCAUAGGGUUGCAGGCUAGUAUUCAAUCAUAUGUGUCUUCGAAACAUUGCCCGUGUAUUUUGAGAUCACGUAGUAAGCAAUUUCUGGGUUAGGAAUAGAUUGCUAGGUAGAGAUAGGAAAUCGAUUAAUAAAGUAAUAAAUCUUCAUCAGCUAAGGCGGUUUGGAUAUGUGUUAGAUAUGCUCAACCACCAUCUACCUCGACUGCCGGUGUUCUCUGGUAUAGAAGGAGAAAGCUGGAAAAAAAACUAGGGGCGACCAAACCAAACACGUGGCAUCAAUAUAUAAAGUCAUUGAUAAUUGUAUUUAGCCAUGGUAAUAGGUCCAGACUACCUGGUUGGGGUCCUCAUGAUUGUUGUGACCAAUGAUUCAAGACUUUGAAUGACAUAGCUCAAAAUCGUUUGCAAUGACACAGGCGCAUCCAUUUUUUGUCUUCGCACAAAGUGUGGGCAUCUGAAUCCCUCAUAACUUUUUAUGUGUUUUUAUUUCACUAAUUUACAUUUUCUUGAAUAAUUUCUCUGAUGCCUAAUCUUUUCAAUCACCACUGAUACUGUUACUACCUCUACUAUUGUUAGAUUUUUCCUGACAAUUUCAUCUUUCUGUGCUAACAGGCAUGAAAACUUGGACCGAUGUACUUAAGUACAGGUUCCACGUUGUCGCUGACUGACUAGGUAAUAUCACUAGCCUUUAUAUGAGCGGUUCGAUUUAAAACAGUAUGCAGAUUUGUACUUCAUGUAUUAGUAUCAUUAAUAUAUCUUAUUAAGCAAUUUUGGGCAAACAUUUUUGGAGUAAACUCAAUCAAAUAAUCUUCCUUAUUUUCAGAUAUAUCUUUCUUGUCAACCAUUUCUUUUAUCAAGCCUUAUUAAGGGAACGCACUAUAAUAAAUCGAUGAAUCUUUAUGAAAAAUGACCAUAAAUAUAUGGUUGGAAAAAAAUUUCCGGUUGCUGAUCUUUUUGCAGUAUAAUUUAUUGUGAUUGUUAUUAGUGUUACUUUAAAUAUAAAAUGAAAGUCAUACUUAGGUUUUGAAUUAAUUGAUGUUGACGAUAAUGCUCAAGAGUAAACAAUAUAAGCUACUCGGAUGCAAUACCAUCAAAAGUAUUUGCCUCAGUUGAAAAUCUUUUUUUGAUUAUUAUAUAUUCAUUUACUGUUGUCUGAAUAGUUCGGAGGUAAUUUUUUUCUCAUUUGAAAACUUUGUUUCAUAAUCACCGUUGAAACAGAACUGUACGAAUCAGUUUUAUUUCAUUUCAUUUGUAUUUUUUCGUCUUUCUCAUUCUAAAGGCUUCAUGAAAUUCAUUCAAAAUCGCAGUCUCACUUAAUUGAUUCCAUCCGUCGAUCUCAUUUGGGAAAUCUAGAUAGAUCAGAAAAAAUUCGAACUUACAAUUUUCCACAAGAUCGUAUAACAGAUCAUCGGUUAAACAACUCUUGGAAUAAUUUAUACAGAUUUAUGAAACAAGCUGUUGGAUUAAGUGAAGUAAUAGAGAGCUUAUACAAACAAGAUCAACGAGAACAAUUAAAACGAAAGCUAUGUACAGGGGACAUAAAAAGUUGAUUGUGAUAAAUAUUUAGUCUUUAUUUUCUCAAAUGAUACAUAGAUAAAAUAAAUCAAAUUGUAUUCAUUUUCCUUUACGGGAUUAUUUGAACAAUAAUGCUUGAAAAUUGCUUGCUUAGAAUAAGAAAUUUAGUGUAACUGAGUGAAGUUAAUGAGCAAGAAUUCCUGUACUUGUGUUUCAUGCUAACCAAGGUGUAUAACUUGAGGGGAUUGAUACCUCAUCUUGCCUGUAUCACUAAGAGUUACUGUCGUAGAUAUUACCACUGUGAUGUUCAAACCGAGAUUAACUUGUGACACUGAAUGUAAACUUAGGUUCUUGGUUUUUUUGGGUUACUAUCAACUAUCAAACAGAAUGGGACAUUAUACUGAUUCACACCAACUUGUCGGAUAACAACUCGGUCAACAUCAAUUAAUCAGCAUAUAACUUUGGUCACUAUUUAGUAACCAGUCGUUACAAAAAUGGGAUCUAUCUUCAGGCAAAUUUAAUACAGUGUUUUCUAGUCUCACCAUUCUUCGGUAUAUCUUCCAUAUGUACUUUUAAACAUGAACGCAGCUGCUUUCUAGAACUGAAAAUUCUCGUCUUAAACCCCCGAAAGGCAGGGGGCAUGUGAUAAUGCCGAUUUCUAAGGUCAGUUCACUUGUUGGAAUCGGUCACUUAGGGAGAAAUAUCUGACCUUGGCCCCUUCAAAACAUGGUAUACUUGUUGACUAUCCAACUGAAUAAUGACAAGACAGUAGUUCGUUUACUCUCAGGAGUUUCUAAAUGAUGAGACUUCUCUUAGGCAGCUGGAGUGCAGAUUGUGCCAUAUACAUUUCAUAUUUUCUCUGAGCUCCCCGGAUUCUAAUUAUACACGUGUUUCUUACUGACCUGUGGCGUUCCAUCGUACCUGCUGUACCAAGGCUGAUAGCAACAUUUCUUUUGUCUUAGUAGACGUCGAAUAUCCCGACCUAUCCGGGGAUGGCCGUGCUUCUUCUUUGGGACUGUUCAGGGUAUAUAUGGUUGAGAUACCUGAUUGUGUAACCGCCCGAAUUAAGUACAUGCCUCUUGCACUGAUGCCCUUGAGUCGACUUCCCAGUUUUCAGUCGAUUGAUUGAUUGCCUCCAUUUCUGCCCUCCAUAUAUUAAGGCGGGCGGGCACAGUUGUUUGGCAAUCUCAGCCAUGAAUUCGAGUAAUAUGACUGCAUGAUCACUUCUCCCUAGUGGUGGGAGGAAAGUCAUUUGACCAACGUCAUCACCGUUUGUGAACACUAGAUUCAAUAGAGAAGAAGAACUUCGUAAGUCAUAUUUGGUGGGAUCUCUAAUGUGUUGGAAUAAACCUAAUGCAAUUAAGGUUUCUAACAGUUUGCGACCAAAUGACGUUAUCGAUGACCCUACGGCUGAGUUUACCCAGUCUAUAUACAGUGCAUUAAAGUCGCCUACUAUAAGGCCUUUCCCCCUAUUAUACCAGAACUUAAGUUUGCUUAGGAGGAAGUCACCUACUACACAUUCUGGACUGCGAUAUACUACAACUAAGUCAAUAUCUUGCCGCUUACAUUUCAACUUGCAACGUACCAGUUCACAUGUCUCCGAAUCAUGUGCCAAUGCCUCAGCUGCUCGUAUGGUCAAGUUACUUUUCGUGUACAGAAUCACGCCGCCUCUCCUACAGUUUAAUCUGUCAUCCCUACUGGAUAAAAAAACCCAGUCGACUGAGUUUUAUUAACGAACACUUCUGACGUUAUCCAUGUUUCUGAGAUAUCUGAUUUUUCUUUAUCCACCAUUUUCUUGAGCUCCAACAUAUUACUUAGUAGGCUGCGAGCAUUUGUGUAGCACACCUAUAAUUAUAUGGACAACUUUCCCUUACCAUCUAGAGUGGUUUGUGGAUCGUUUUGCUCCAAACGUUUACAAUUUGAAAACCCUAAAGAACAAGGUUUCGUUCACCAUUUCGACGGCGCUCAUUUAUUUCUACUCAUGCAGCUCAUCUCUUAAUACGAUCAACCAGGCUGAGAUCCUCGCGGACGCAUAUUACUGAUCCAAUCAGUCUGAGUGUGUUUCCUAAUAUCAGGUUUCAUACUUCAACCCUAGCAAAGGUAACCUUCAGGAGGCAGUGUCUCUGAGUAGUUCACCUUUUGUCCUAUUCUAUAAAGCUUAGAGAUGUUAACUCCUGAAACUGUUUCUGGGAGUAGCUUGCAAUUGAAGUACUUAAUCUGACUGAGGUCGUGCUCAAAUCCAGCCUUUGAUUCCUUAUCGGAAGAUUUUGUUAAAUUAUGAAAAAUGACCGACCUUUCAGCGAGGUCCGUCUUAACACGGUGUUGAAGUUUUUGUUUCUGAAAGCGUUUCUUCCCUGCAGUCCAAUUACAAUUUAGCACCAAACAUAGAGGUCACAUUCUGUUUUCUUACUUUUCUUUCUGUAGAGGUAACUGUGAGCCAUUCAUAUACAUUAUUUCGUCCCUUAAUCACAUCCUCUACAACGCUCAGACUUGGCUCACCCAUAGGUUGUAUUGCACUGAUAUGUGAAUCCGGAACUGAAACCGUAGAUUCACAUGCCUCAGUACUGUCUAUAGGUAGUUUCUUCUUCUCACCGCGUCUUUUAUUUUUCCUUGUGACAAUGCCUACAUCCAUAUGCUCGUUAUCUACUUCGACGAUAGGGUCCACCUUUACGGUCUCAUUCAAAUCCAUAGCUGGGCUCAUGAUAAUGCUUUCAAUUCAUUCGAAAGCGGAAUUCUGUUCAUCUACUGCUGCCUGUUUAUCUGAGGGCAAUUUUCCAGCUGUGUUUAGCAGCUUAAUCGCCUCUAGAAUCAGCAGAGACAUUGUAGAGCAACAUUCUCUACACAACCAACGUGAUAAUUGCUUGUAGCACCGUUUAUAUGCAGCCGAUGUGAGUUCGGUGCACAUAUUGUGAUACAAUAUAUUGCAGUUGUCACAUUGCAUACCAUCGACAGGGAAAUGGUAAGCAGGUCUGCCACAACAAUGUUUCAGUUGAGCCAUGAAUUUGUUUUGUGAUUUCACAGUGAAAACUGAUCUUUAAGUGAAGAGUCUUUUAAAGCUUGAUAAGUGAUAGACACUGAACACAAACAAAAACAGAGGUUUAUAAAUAAAUGUGCCUAACAACAAUAAAAAUUUUUGAAUGAUUAUUCUUGUUUGGCGUUGUUGGAGCUAUAUUUCUUCACAGUACUUCUUGUGGCUCAUUAUCUGACACCGGUUUAACCGCAUGAAAAUGCUAUAGACACAAAUCUUCCCUUUAACUCCGUACAUUACCUGGGUUAACCCUCUCUGCGUAACGGCGGUUAUAAGAAGUUAUAUAAGCGUUGUGUUGGAUGAGUUCAUUUCAAGCACUCUUAAUUAUCCAAACCGAGAUUUAAAGUGAGAAGCGGAAAAACCAAGUGAAGAGGAGAAAGCGAGUGAAGAGGCUGAAUAUGUAUAGUCGAACAAAAAUAAAUAACCGACUUGUGAUGAGAAGGUUAAGCAAUACAUACGCUCAUAUAAAAAACAGUCAACGUUAAUAAACGAAUCACUGGCAAAUUCGAAAUGUAACUAAUGAGGAAAGAACGAAAAAAGUUAUAAUAAUCAGCGUGGGCUUGACGUAGUACAAGACAUUUCAGAUGGAUUUUUUUGAGCUAUUUUCCCGACUCCCUUAUUUAUCUACGUUUUGGGACAGAUAGAGCCCGUAGAGAGACUUAAAGUAGAGUUAUUAUAGUGCUCGUAGUUCUUCACACCUUUAUAGACUAUUCAUAUAUUUCAAUAGAAUACCACACUUUAUAUGGCAUUCAAUCCGUAUUGACAAAAAAUGUUUUCAAUGUCUGAUUCAGAAAUUUGUCGAAAUCUUUGAAAAAAGAAGCUAUAACGGUUGCUCAUUCUACUUAAUCCUUUAGCGCUUCAGGAACUAAGGAGGAAUUACUCAAAUUGGCACCUGUUGACUACUCUAUUACGAACUAGUUGUUUUAGCCUUUAAGAUCUCAAAAUGAGUCAAAAACAUAUCUCCUCAUUUUAGUUUCAGUUUGGGAAGGACAGGAGGCUUGAUGGCCUGUGUUAGUCCUGGCAAUGGUGGUCUCUCAGUUGAUCCAACUUUCUUUUGAAAGAGUCCACGGAUGGAGCCUCAACCACGUGCUGAGGUAAUGAAUUACACUCGUUGAUGAUUCAGUGGGAAAGUCGAUAGUCAGCUGACAAGUAAUUUGUUCUGGGCUUGUGAACUAUUUUGGAGUGUCCUCGUAAAUUCUCUGUCUUGGAAGACAAGAAAAAUGAGGCCAUAUCAGGUGCAAAUUUGGCACUAAGCAAUUUGAAAACUGUAAUCAAGUCGCCUCUAGUUCUACGAUAUGACAACGGGAAAAGGUUCAACUUGGCCAGUCGAGAUUCAUACGGAAGCUUCGCUAUUCCGGGAAUCAGCUUAGUUGCCGUUCUCUGAACCUUUUCCAGAAGCUCACUGUCUUUUUUAAGCAGGGGCUAGCCGCUUGCAUGCAGUACUCAAGUUUAGGACGUACGAACAUUGUAUACAAAGUCAGAAGCGUCUUAGUGUCGACAUGACUAAAAGCCCUUUGUAUUGACCAUAACGUUCUAAAACCUUUGGC